AUGACUUCUAUGGAGAUGGACGACGACUGGUUGCAGAGGUCAAUGGUAGCCUUGCAAGAGAGGCGGAACACUAAAUCAUCAUCAGCAGUGAAGCCUGUUCCGGAACUGGACGUUAUUCAAAUGCCCGUACAAAUCAACUCUGGAAUCCCAACCGCGCACCCUUAUUUCGAUAAAGAUCAACACGGUGUCGCUCGCAUCAAAACAUCAAAACUGAAUCCAUCGUCGGCACCAACAACCCAAACCACCAAUAUACCCUUCAACGUAUCUCAGCUCCCCGAUUCGAAAACCAAAUCAACCACAGCAGGUCCUGAAACAGCUGGCCCCAAAUGGUUUGAUAUGCCAGCAACAGACAUCACCCCCGAAAUCAAACGAGAUUUACAGAUAUUAAAGAAUCGACAUGUGCUAGAUCCAAAGAGGUUUUAUAAGAGGCAGGAUAAGAAGACGGCGAAGGACUUGCCAAAGUUCUUUCAGAUCGGAACGAUUGUAGAAGGUCCUGCAGAAUUUUAUUCAGCUAGAAUACCACGUAAACAACGAAAACAGAAUCUGGUGGAAGAGUUGUUGCAAGAUGCUGAAAAGUCCCAAUACCUGAAAAAGAAGUUUGAUGAGAUUCAGGCAAAGAAGGCUGACUUUACGAGACGUAGGAGGCCUCAAAAGAAAAAGUAA